AAUUUUUUCACUCUAUUUUUUGGGCAUCAUCAACAGUAUUUCUGAAUGAAUCUUUUUCCUUGUCAAAGUAAUUUUGUUUUCUUUCAUACAGGAAAAGACACAUGAGCUGGGUCGAAUCAUGAUACUACACGAGCAGAAUGAAGGUCUGCAUCAAACUUUGCUGAAGACAGCAGUGAGGAUGGAGUGUUUAGGAGAGGAAUUCAUGAGCAGCCAAAAGCUUGUGGAGGCAGAACUUCAGAGGACACGUAUGGAGCUUAGCAACCUCACAGAGAGGUUUAGGAGACUGAACGACAACUGCUCCUCCACACAACAGACUAAUAGUUUUCUAGAGCAAAAGCUUCAUUCAGUGGCUCAGAGUAUGGAAGGAGAACGUGAGAGGUUGAACCGGCGUAUUUCUGCACUGACGGAGCAGCUCGCUGAUGCAAAGUAUACCAACAGUGUGGAAACAUUCAAUGUAAGCUCUUUACCUUCCUCUUAGAGUCGAGGCAGAUAGAGGCUUGUGGCUGGUAUGAGCAAAAAUAGACAGACCAUUACAUACAAAACCCCCCUCUUCUUUAUUCUUUGACUUUGCGUCAUUUCAUUAAUGAACUGAUCAACUUGUGACCUCUACUUACUGUAGGUGACGUCAGUGCUACACAAAACUGACCUCUAUUUGUCAGAUGAUGUCAUCAAUCAGAUGGGUCCUCCCAUCACUCCCCCUCCGGCUCAGUUCAUGGACAGCCAUAACUAUGAAAAGGCCAAAGCCAGCGGGCAGGAGCAACCUCUGGGCCCAGUUCCAGAGGAGGAGGAAUCUGAUUGGUCAGAGAUGGGAGACGAGACCCCGCGAUUUAUACUGGCAGGAUCAAACAGAGGUCAAGUGUGGAGACAUCGGGAGGCAGACGUGGACAAAGACAGCGAGUCAGGGGGUGAGGAAAUUGUCAGACGACACUCUCCGCGCCCACCCCAGGGACCUCAUUUCCAGUUCACCAUCCACAAUGAGAACCUGUGUGAUGGCGUGAUGGGUGAGGGCACUUACAGGAUCACCACAAGUCCAAACCUCGGCUCUGCCGUCCUGAUCCGGUCAGCUAGUCUGGAGGAAAUCCCACUGGCACGCCACCACAUGCAGAAAGAGCUAAGAGGCACGGAGGCCAUGAUGGACCUCCACCACCAAAGGGAUGAAGCUAUCAUGGAUUUAGAUAAUGAGAUCAUUCAUCACUGGAGAGCGAGCAACGACAGGGACGCGGCUAUAGGGAGGCCGAUAGAAAGCAGAAUGUCAGAGGCAGAUAGCAGCCUGGCCGGCCUGCAGAUGCUCAACCACUUCAUAUGUGGAAUUCAGCCUGGCGAAGGAGGACAGGGCAGGGCCGAGGUGCAUGGCUGGAGAGGAGGGAUUCCAGACGAGGUGUUGAAAGGGGAGCGAACAAAGCUGUGACAGAAACAUGAGUGCACUGUUCACUGUGUCUGAAAUCAUAAUUUACUUCGAUCUUUAUUUGCACCUGAUUCGACUGUUAUCAGGCCAUUAAACAGCGUUAUCAGUCACUAUUAGCACCAUAGAUGUGGCUCAU